AUGUCAAAAGUUCAAGCCUCUGUCGUUAAAGUUCCAGACAGUGAACUCAUUGAAUUUCUUCAACGUUACAUUCGACGUAAGAGGAAAUAUUAUGCCAUCGUUGAAUUUAUACAGUCAGGAAUGCAAAAGACUUCUGAGGAGAUGGAAAGAAUUAUUGACAAACACCACUUACGUCAAUACUCAGGAGUUUACGAUAUGAAACGACUUACAAACUACAUUCUGUCAAAACUUUCAAAAUACCCCUUCAAAAAAUAUCCAUCAAACACUUUAUUAGUUUGUGAUGAUUUCGCUGGUAAAGGUUUAGUGUCAAAACCAGACUCACCAUUAGCUAACAUCAUUACUAAAGUCAGACAUUAUCACUUAACUGUAGCAAUACUUAUGCAAACAUGGAGGUUUUUAGCUUUAAACAUAAAACGUCUCAUAACUGACUUCGUUAUCUUUCAAGGUUUCUCACGUUAUGAUAUUGAACUCAUUUGGAAACAGUCAGGUAUAACAUUACCUUUUGAAGAAAUUUGGGAAGCAUAUAAGUCUCUCAUCUCUCCUCGUUCAUACCUUGAGAUUCAUAUCAUGACUAAUACCAUUAAAGUCAAAAAUAUUCCAUGGGAACAACCAACAUUGUUUUAA